AUCGUGGUACGUCCGACAGUACCUACGUACAUUCUAUUGAUUUUUAUCGUUUUUAUUGUACUCGUACAACAAGAAUGAAGAUCUACACGAUUAUACGUUCAGCCUUUACAAAAUUGACAAAUAUAUUUAUAAUUGAUGAAUUUGAAGAUAGAAAGUCAUUUACUAACGCAGUGAAGUUUGGACAUAGCGCAAGACUCCGCAUCAGCGACGAUAAAACCAUGAAACUGAUAGACUUGUACGAGAAGGAAGAGUGCCUCUGGAACGUCUCCUCUGAGUCGUACAAGAACAGGCUGGAGAGACACCUCGCCGUUAGGAGAAUAGCGGAGAAGGUCAAGAUCAAGCGCUUCACUUCGCUAGACGUGAUCAUGAAGUUAAGUAAUCUGAGGAACUCCUACUGCCAGGAGCUGAAGAAGAUUGCUGACAGCGUGAGCGCGGGGGAGAACCCCCCCUACAGGCCCAAGGUGUUCUGGUUCAAGAAGAUGAACUCGUUCCUGCGACCUCACUUGAAUCCGCAGCUACAGACGGGCGAUUUGCUUCCAGACAACGUAUGUGUAAAAAAAGAACCAAUCGAACAGGAGCUUUCAGUGAAGCUUUCAAAUCCAGAGGACGUUUUUGUUGAAGAUUCUAAUUACUCCAGCGAAAGCGAAGGGUCCGAAGAAGACGCACUGCUAACUAAACGUUCGAGAAACUCGUCAACUGUUUCUAAGAGACCCGAAAACCCGAUAGAGGAAUCCCAAGAAGACCCCAAUGACCUUCCGCGGAUGAUGAAGGACAUAUCGUCGCAUAUUCUGAAGACGAAUCAGAAGAUGGACAGUUUUGACAGCUUCGGGACAUAUGUGGCCUCCAUGAUGAGGAGUAUGCCUGUACAGAAGGCCGUGGAGGUGCAGCUGCGGAUUGUGGAAAUGCUUGUGUCCGCGAAGAAUGGGCAAACGUUAAUUAAUUUUAACUUUUAACAGUUUGUAUGAAUGAUAUUGUGUGGAUGUUUACUCUUUCAAACUCACUCUGAUUUGACAGAAAAUUAGAAUGGAUUAUUUGGAUUGACACUUAAGCUACUUUUAAUCCUGGAAACAUCCAUGGUUCUCGGGAGCUUUGUAAAAAACUGAAUUUGCCGCGGACGUGUUCUAGUCUUAAACCCGAACGUUGAUUACGAUUUUCGUGUUACGCAUAUCUUCCAUGAUACGAUUUACAGAUUAAAUCGAUUUACGGAUUUCAUCUUGUAUUUUAUUUUAUUUAUUCCCUCCAACCUUUCAAAUUCAUCCAUUGUGAUAAAUAGACGAAUAAAUUGUAAAAUUAUUACUUUUCGAAUCCAAAUAGAUAUUCUUGCCACCAUUCCAUGCGGGCAAGAAUGGUGGGUAGGUAAAGCUCUUAGGAGACGUUUUCUUAAUACAUUUUGUCUCUUUUCACGUCGAAUCGAAUAUUGUACCUUGAUAAUUAAUGUACCACUGAACCUAAGUGAUCUUCCGUAUGUGCAAAGGAACUAUUAAACAAGAUAUAAGCACAUAAUUACAUUCGCAAUCGCGUUCUCGGAAAGUUAAUUAAAUUUUUUCCAAGGUCGGUUGUUCUUCAGGAAAAUUACUUAUAAGUAUUACGAUUUAGGUCCUUUAAAAUUUUCCACUUCCUCAGAAAACAUUCGUCACUUCAUUUGUAGGAACAUUGGCAACGUUUCUCAUUUGUAAAG